UUUCGUUCGCGUUCCACGUUAUUAAUAAUAAUAAUUAAUUAUAUUUCGCGAAUCGUGUUACUGUCUAUUCGGUGUUGAGAAUACUUCUUUACUACGGUUCCCCCGAGGCACGUUUAAGGAAUCCAUUUUGAUCGACCGAGUAACGGUUGUAAGAAAAUCAUAAGUUGCCCUAACCCAAGGAACAUGGCGAGCGGAAAGAAGCUAUUCACGCGAAAGCAAGUCGAGGAGUCGAAAGAACAGGGUACGAACCUGUUCAUCCUUCACGACAAAGUUUACGACGUGGGACCAUUCCUUAACGAACACCCUGGCGGUGAGGAAGUUCUGUCUGGACAGCGGAACAAGGACGGAAGCGAGGCCUUCGACGACGUCGGUCAUUCCGAGGACGCCAAGGAAAUGAUGGAGAAAUACGAGAUCGGGGAAAUCGUCGAGAGCGAAAGGUUGAAUAUCAAACCGAAGAAAGUCGAGUGGGUUGCACCAAAGCCGGGACAGGCCCAAAAAACAGAGCAAGGCUCCGGUUUACCCUACGGAUUGAUCGCAGUCGCCAUUGUUGUUGUUAUAAUCGCAUUUAACUUAGGAUUUUUCUCCAGUUCCGAUCAAUGAUUUCUUUGGAUUUAUUUAAGCCGUUAAAUGUACUCGUUGAAACGUUUCAAAAAGUCUUUAAAGUCAAGCGUGAAAGCGUCAAGGAUGAAAUUUGAAUCAGUCAUUAUUAAUCGAUUAUAAUUACAUCGACAUACGCAGCAACUUUCAACAUCACUUUUAUACAAUUAUUAUGAUACACUUUAUGAAACGGUUCGAUUUUAUUUUGAAUUAUUCCUAUUUUUUGUUGCCUCAUUCACAGUGCGUAGCUUAUUAUCCAACAUCACAAUUAAGCAAUUACUGUUAUAAAAAAGGGAUUUCACGUGUCACGCAUGGUUUACAAAUAGAUAUAACGUGUAAUAUUGUUAGUAUAAAAGAGGUGUGAGAAAAUA